CUCUACUGGGGCAAGUUCUAUACACUCCACACCAGCCCACUAAAUAUUAGGAACCCGGAAUAUAGAAACCAGAAAGAGGAACAAAGCCGAUCUGAGUAGGGUGUCACUGUUGACGGGGAGGAUGAAUACGGACAUUACUGCUUCUGUGAAGCCUGAAUAUCCAGUGAUAGAUCGGAAUCCACCCUUCACAAACGUGGUUUCUAAUUUCAACACGCUCGAUUACCUCAGGCUCACCACCAUCACCGGUGUCUCUGUCACCGUCGGCUAUCUCUCAGGCAUAAAGCCGGGGAUAAGGGGCCCAUCAAUGGUGACGGGAGGACUGAUUGGGCUGAUGGGAGGGUUUAUGUACGCUUACCAGAACUCUGCAGGAAGACUCAUGGGCUUUUUCCCCAAUGAAGGAGAGGUAGCUAAGUACAAGAAAUCGCUAUCUCUCUAAGCUUCUUUCCCUUCUCUCUCUCUCUCACGCUUCCUAUCUAGUCAAAUUGGACAGAGACUUCUGUACGUCUGUGAUAUUAAGAAUAAGAUUGUGCCGCAGUUAAUGUUUUUCUAUUGAAUCUGAUGAAACUUUCACUCAAUGUGGAUUGAUGAGCUACUUGGAAUGGAAGAAGCUUGUGUUUUUAUGCUAACCCAUAACUCUGGAUCCCAUGUUUUUAUAGAGACACUCUAGGGGUUUUCUGCUUAGCCUGAAUGGUUGAUUUCUGCAUUUUGAUUUGUGCUACUACUAAAAUGCAUUUCGAAGAUUCCAGAAACAAAUUUGAAAAGGCCUUCACUUCCAAUGGAGCCUGAGUGGUGUGUUUGCAUGUACUUUUAGGUCCAGUAUGAUUGGGGGAUUUUGGAACAGAGGGGAGCGGAGGAUUGAUUUUUUUCUUUAUUGAUUUAUCUGAAUUCGUUAGUUUUAGACUACGAAUAACUAUAUAAUUAGUUAAACCAUGUAUUUUUAUAUAUUAUUUUGUCUUCACGUUAUUUCAAUUUUCUAUAUGUAAAAAUUAUUUUAAAUCUAAAUAUAACCCUCCCCUUCCCUCUCUUGCGAAAUCCCCCAGCCAAACUGGCUCUGAGUCUUGUUUUCUUUUAUUUUCAACCUCCAAGCAACCGUGAUCUUGUAGUUUAUAGUUCUAUAUCUACUGGUCCCUUAGUAUUGAUUCUCAUUCCCCUAAAAAAUAGUGAAAAGUGAAAACUUGCAUCAAUGUUUUUUGACACAUGUGGGGAAUGAUAAUCACUUCCACUUUUACUUCAAGGCUCGACUGUUUAUGUUAGCGCUUAUUUUAGAGUUUAUUGC